GUUUAAACGAGUUGGUGUACUAGGCGGUGGCCAGUUAGGCCGCAUGCUGGCAGCUGAAGCAUCGCUGCUCACUGUCCCAAUCGUGAUCCUCGAUAAAGGCGACGCCGCUCCAGCCAAGCAGGUUGUCUCAUCCUCAGAGCACAUCGACGGUGCCUUUACCGACCCGGAGAAGAUAAAACAACUCGCUGGCAAGGUCGAUGUCCUAACGGUUGAGAUUGAGCACGUUGGCGUGGAUGUGCUCGAGGAGAUACAUAAUGCGGGAAAGGUCCAGGUUCAUCCGAGUCCGACGACUAUCCGAACGAUCCAGGACAAGUUCCGGCAAAAGGAACAUCUGCUGAAGCAUGGGUGCUCCAUCGGCGAGUUCUGUGCCAUUGAAAGCAGCGUGGAAGGCAUCAAAUCCGUUGCCGAACGUUUCGGGCUGCCGCUCAUGAUCAAGAGCCGUACGCUUGCUUAUGACGGUCGCGGGAACUACGUGCUCAAAGAUCCGUCCGCCGCCGAACAGGCGCUAUCCUUCCUCUCCGACCGCCCUCUUUAUGCCGAGAAAUGGAUGCCGUUCGACAAGGAGAUCGCGGUAAUGGUGGUUCGUUCCGUCUCCGGAGAGGUUAUAUCGUACCCGGCUGUGGAGACCGUCCAUAAGGAAAACAUCUGUCACUUGGUAUUUGCUCCACUGCGUGUUCGAGAUGCCAGUGUCGCCACGAGAGCGCGCAACGUCGCCGAAGCAGCAGUCAGGACAUUCGAUGGAGCAGGCGUCUUUGGUGUGGAGAUGUUCCUCAUGCAUGACGGCUCAAUAUGCAUCAACGAAAUUGCACCGCGACCUCACAACUCCGGACAUUAUACCAUUGAGGCGUGCGCCACGUCGCAAUACGCGAACCAUCUCCGCGCUAUCCUGGACCUCCCUCUCGGAUCCACAGAGUUGAUCCACCCAGCUAUCUCCACUUGCAUGCUCAACAUCAUCGGGGCGUCCUCUUCCUUCGACGAUAUCAACUCCGUCGUUGACGCUGCUCUCAAAACACCCGGGGCCCGCGUGCACAUGUACGGCAAGAGCGAAUGUAGGAAAGGUCGCAAGAUGGGGCACAUCACUCUCACAGCCGAUUCGGAUGCGCAACUGCGAUCGCGGCUACGGCCACUUCUCCUUGCUCUACCGGGUACCUCCGAAGAUGAAGCGAACUCCUUCUGUCCGCCGACACCCGCUCCUGCUCAUAACCAUGCCUUGCCUCUCGUUUCGAUAAUCAUGGGAUCGGAUUCAGACUUGCCCGUCAUGAUUCCAGCUGCUCGUAUCCUCGAGAAGUUCGACAUUCCCUACGAGCUCACAAUUGUUUCCGCGCAUCGGACGCCCCAUCGCAUGGUUGACUUCGCCAGGUCGGCGGCAGCAAGAGGUGUAAGGGUGAUUGUCGCAGGCGCGGGUGGUGCUGCGCAUCUGCCUGGAAUGGUCGCGGCAUUGACCGCAUUGCCUGUCAUCGGUGUACCCGUCAAAGGCAGCUCACUGGACGGCGUGGAUUCACUGCAUAGUAUCGUGCAAAUGCCCAGAGGCAUCCCGGUCGCGACCGUGGCUAUCAAUAACGGGAUGAAUGCUGGUCUACUAGCAGUACGCGUUCUAUCGGCGGGUUUGCCGCAGUUAGUCACUGCGAUGGAAGGCUACAUGAAGAACAUGGAGAACGAAGUCACGGGCAAAGUCGAAAAGCUCACUGAGAUCGGAUGGCAGGAUUACAAGGUCAUCAAGACCUGAACAGCAGCACCACCGCUACUGCACUCAAGUCAAUCGAGUUGGUUCGUCUACAGUGAUACAUAGCAUAGAGAAAAGGCGGAUAGAAGAUCAGUUGUGCUUUCCGGUCUUUACCGCAGCGAUCCACCGAACUGGUGAAAUGCCGGAGUGCUAGCAAUACCCGCAUCUGGAC